AGAAGAAAUGAAGCGAAACUAUUCCAGCUUUUUACUUAAAGGAAGUAUGCUAUCCUUGCCUACAAUUGAUAAGAUUAAAGAGAGGGUAAAAUCUAGGAAAAGAGUGUCAUCACAGCCAAAAUGAAGCAUAAAAAUUGAAAAGAAAUAAAUUUGACAAAUCUACACAAAUCUCGAAACCUUCUCUUCUUGAACCAAGGGAAUUCCAGCUUCUAUCUGAAGGCAGAAGACCCAACACAAAAAUCUCUCUCGAUAAGAUUCAGACCGGAGAAAGGACAGAUGGAAAGCCACUUUUCAACUACUGACCAACUCCAAUGCAAGAGAUUCCAAGUCUUGAGUAUAAAGUCAAAGCUCAGAAGUUAUCAAACCAGCUUGCUGAAGAUAGAAAUAAAGAUCCAACAUCUAUCAAAACCCCGACAACUAGUAGAAAUUCCUUUAUCCCAAAACAGCCUUUUAGAAAAAGCUUUUAUAACGGAAAGAGGAGGGAGAGGAAGAGCAAGCAUGGUUAUCAACUUCCUCAACUAAAUAUGCCUUCUCAUAAACCUUCUAAAAAUUAUCAUGAGAAUGAGUUUACCUCCAAUAAGAAAAAGAUGCCUGCAAAUCUUUCUUUAGGGAAUUUUAAUCAUGACUCUAAGAAAAGUAAUGCUUCGAAUAAAAAUGACAAGAAAGAGCCAGUAGUUUCUCUAGCAGAGAGGUAUAAGGCCAUUAUAGCCCCUUCUGCUGGUAAGAAGAGGCCUGAUCCUGGGUCCCGAAACACUCUUCUAAAAGAUAUAACCCCUGAAAAAGUCUUAAAGGCAUGCAAAAGUCAAAUUUCAUCACUGAAACUUCUUAGUAAGAAUACUCCUGUUGAAAUGUACAAAUAAGGCUUUCUCUCCCUCUAGAAUGUUGAUCAGGAAGGACUCAAAUUCCUCAAAAAUGAAAGAAAAGGAAGUUAUUCUCAAUUUUAUCACGCUUAAUUCACAAUUUCACAACCGUGCAAGUGAGAAUGGGAUCCAUGGCUGUAAGAAUACUAAUUCUCACAAAUUAAUGGAAGCAAUGCCAGAAUCAUCUCCUCAUCCUUUUAGUAGAAAAAUGAUUCAAGUUAAAAAGCCUGUGGUUAAGCCAAAAGUUGAAGAGGAGAUUUUAUCAAGAUUCUCUUCUUAUGCAAGUAAUAUUGAGCAAUACCUAGAUCCCCCUCGAGAUGGAAGUAUGGUUAAUGAUACCUCUCCUUUCGGCACUGAUGAAACAAACACAUUGUUCAGCAAUAAAUCUCUCAGAAGUAUCAGUCUGGAUAAGUAGGACAUCUAGAGUUCGAUAAAUGGGUAAAAAAGUUUUUCAA